AUGGAAGAGUACGAAGAUAUGGAUUCUGAGGAGGACGUUGAGGUUGGAGGGGAGGAUGAUGAUGAGUAUGAAGAGGCAGAAGACAUGGAAGUGAUUGAGGAAAAUGAUGAAGAGGAAGAUAGAGAUUUUGACUACGAAGAAGAAGACCAAUCUGCUCCGGUGUAUACAAUCCCGCCAAGGGAAAUUGUCGCUGUCGAGCAUCCAUUGAUCGUUAAGAAUCUUGAAAAUGGUAUCAAAACUUUUGGACGUCAACCACAAUGGAAUAAGAUUCUUGAGGGCACUGAAGAUGAAUGUAUUCCUCUUUUUCUUCGAAUCAAGGAUCCCACAUGCGAACCAAUUCUAUCUUACAAUAGCAUCACCAACAAUGUUCUCCUCAAGAUCACCGUACCAAAACGUACUGGUAGAAAGCGCAAGCGUGGAUCUCAGGACCCUUAUACUGACGAUGGGCAUUCAACAUCUCAGAAUACCAGUGAAAAGAAUUCGUUCGGUGAAAAUCAAUCCCACUCUUUGAAUGACAAACCCAAUAGUAUUCUGAGAAAGCUUCGAGACAAUGUUGGCAAAUAUACUGUCGAGGCUGCAGGAGCCAUAGAACAGAGUCAUCGCUAUAGAGGACUUUCUGAUUAUCAUCAAUCUACAUCUAGUGCAACUUUUAUGUCACAUUUCAAAGAAACUGCAUUCUCUGCCAAUUGGGGCAAGAUGCGAGAAUUCAAGCUCGGUACUGACAAAGGCUGGAAACCAAAUGAAGAAAUUGUUCCUCCACCCACAUUCACUCACCAUCCAUUACCAUUCAACUGGGGAUAUCGACAAAAUCCUUUAAUCUCAACCGAAGUGGAUGCCGAGACAGGAGAGACAAGCAUAGUGAACCGUUCGAAAAUGCCAAAGCUCGAGAUGCAGUAUGUACAUUGCGACGAAGACGAAGAUGUCCCCACAAAGCCAUUUCGUGAAGUUCCAGAUGAUCCUGUUCUCAAAGACUUCGUAGCCGCACUUCAACUAGCCAUGAACGAACGUCCAAUUUGGACUCGUCGUGCGUUGCAAAAUCGUCUCGCCAACGAGCCAGGAUAUUAUCUGAUGAAACCUGCACUUCAGUAUGUGGGUUACCAAUUCCGAAGCGGUCCUUGGCGUGAUGCACUCAUAAGAUAUGGAGUUGAUCCCCGCAAAGAUCCAUCUUGUCGGAUUUAUCAAACAAUUUUCUUCAAGUUAUACGAAGAAGAUGAGCGUGCUCCUGAUGGUCAAUGGAAAGAUAUGCGGAGUCAAUACACAAGACAUCAAGUUUUCGGCACGGGAGAUUGUCCUUCACACAUGUUCAAUGGUACUUCUUUAACUCUCGACGGUAAAGUGUGGCAAAUUUGCGAUAUUACAGAUCCUCUUCUUGCUCCUCUUAUACAAAAUGCACCAAUGGCUAAGCAAUACGACAACAACCAUGAUGGCUAUUACAAUAAUGGGACUCUCGCCAAGAUCCGAGCCAUCAUGAAAACAAAGUUGAUUGCCAUUCGCAGCAAGAAAGUAAUUCCCGAAAAUGCAUUCGAUGUAGCGCUCAGCAUACCUGAUUUCGUAGAGGGAAAAGACGGAAAGAAAGUCCAUGUGCCAGUACCAGAUAUGCGAUUGACAGAAGAAGAAAUCGAAAAAUUAAGAGAAAAGGGUAUUAUUAGUGGAAUGAGUGGAAAGGGAGUGAGACAUCUUGAUUCAAGGACAAAGAGGAAACAAUAUAGAAAGGGCGGAAAGUUACCAAUAAAAGCUAAGAGAGCGAAGCAAUAUGGAAUGAUGAAGGGACCGUCAACAUCGAAACCUAAAACUUCGACCGCGGCAGCGAAACCGAAAAAUAAGAAGACAGCUGGGCCUUCCGAAAAGGAUGAAGAUGCCACGCCAGAUAUUGCUGCUGUGCGUGUACAGGGAGAUAUCUCGACGGAAGAUACCAUCAAGAUGAUGGAUGCAGAGGGAGAAGAAGAUGAGAUAGAAGUCGAUGCUGAGAGAGAAUAUGACGAUGAAGAAGCAGAAGAAAACGAAGAGGAAGAAUUAGUCGAUGCGGAACUGGGAUCUGAAGACGAAAGUACAGACUCGGAAGAUGAAUCAGAGGCGGAAAAGGAAAAGGAAAUGUUUAUUAAGAAUUACGAGGCGAGGAUGGGGGCUGGGAAUGGUUCAAAUGAGUAG